CUAGGAAAGCAAGCAAAAUGGUGAACGGAUUAAUUUCGAUUUGUACCUCGAGGGGAACGGAAGUGUUGUCAAAUGACGACACGUGCAGAAAUGACGUAAUUAGAAACGAAAAAAACAUUAGAAAAACACAACCUGAUGAGUUAGUAGUCAGAUAUUCCAGUUUUGAAGCGAACAAAUUCGGGGAAACGGAUAAGACAUCUGGAAAUUCAGAAUCUUCUCGGCACUUAAAAGACGAACUUGGAAUCCUGAGACUAAAAGGCGGUGAGACGGUUACAUUUCAUUGUAGGAAGAGAACCAAUCAGAAUGAGGAUGAAAAAACGCAGGAAAUUCAAACUUCAAUAUUAACGAAUAAGGAAAGAGAAAUAGAAAAAAGUAAGCUCCAAUCAAACAAUAAGCCCACCGAAAUAAACGGACAUAAAAUUCAAACUUCAUUAUCACCCAAUAAAGAUACAAAAGUAGAGAAAACUGAAUCUCAACUGCCCGAUCAGACCAAUCAAGAAAGAAAGACAUAUGAGCGGGAAAUUCAAGUUUCUGAAAAACAGCAGACAACAAGACCGCAUCACAAGAGACCAGACAAAGAGAGAUAUGUAACAUUGUUACGCAACAGAAUGAUGGACGUUGUUAAGGAGAUACAAAGAGACAUAAAUAGCGUCGAAAAAUCAGGAACCAAAGACACCGAUCACUUUAGUAACUCUUCAACGAAGUAUAAAAUCCGACCUCACACUGUGGGUACAUCUGGGGCCGCGGAGAGAGAGCAGACAGUGAGGCCUUGCACUCAUGAAGGAAUUGGACGUGAGCUCACUAUGACGUCAUUCAGAGAUAGUCUGACGUCACACGAAGCUAACGAACUAAAACAACUACUGGGUGAAAUUUUAAAGAAAAAAUUACGGGAAGGUGGAUGGUCAAGAGAAGGGAGCAUCAGGUCACGUGACUCAAGUCAAGUAACUGCUUUGAAAGGAAGUCAACAAUCUUCAGUGACGUCACCAAAGCGUCAUAACCGUCGAAAAGAAAGGCCCUCAACAAGAUGCACAAACACGACUCGAAGUACAAAGGCGGAUUCUUCGGCAUUUAAUGAGCGAUGUCUCGAACUUUUGAAAGACAAAUUGAAAGAAAGCGCGGCAAAAGUGGUCAGAGAACGCCAUGAUGACGUCAUCGAUGCUGGAGAUACUAGUAACAUCACAUGCGAACGAGGGCAUAUGAAAGUGUUAUACAACCAUGAGAACACGCGACCAAGACUCCGACUUUUCGCGCUGGGAAAUUCAAGCAGAAACUCGACCGCUGAUUGGAUAAUGAAACAAAACUUUGACCACUACAAGCAAGAUUGUGACGCCAGAAAGAAUCAGGAAAAAUCAGAAAAUUCGGUAUAGAGUUAUUUGACUGAGUGAAUAAAACCGAAUGGUUUGAUCAA